UCUCCCUCUUCGUCUCCCUCUCUCAUCUGAAACCUGAAAGCCAUGGCCACUCUAGCGGCGGCGGCAGCUCGUCAAUUUGCAACUUCAAGUCGCAUCUCCACCGCGAGGACCUCGUCUCUGACUACCAAUUUAAUCCAUCGCCGUGGCCUCGCCGGCGCUGCCGAUCACCAUGGACCCCCAAAGGUUAAUGUCUGGCAAGACCCGUUGAGCCCAUCUAAAUGGAAGGAAGAGCAUUUCGUAAUUGUCUCUCUAUCUGGCUGGGGUAUACUCAUCUAUAGCAGUUACAAGUUUUUCUCUGGAGGCAAGAAGGAAGAGAAACUGGUGGAAGCAUCGCACUGAGGUUUGGAGCAUUAGAUAUUCCCAGAACUUCUUCGAAAUAAUGAGUUUUCUUGGAUAUAACGUGCUGUCAUAUUUCAUUUUCUUUGUCAGCAAAUGAUUUCUGAUCAAUCUGUGGAGAUUGAUACAUUGAAAACAAAUCGAGGUUAAUGGCUUUGUUGGGAGUUUAUGUCCCCUUUCGAUUGUGUUCUCUUUGUAGUCACUUGUAUGAUUCGAUGCAGGAACGUUCCAUGUUUCAAUAAUAUACUGCCAUCCUCCUUCCUA